CUUUUUUGUAAUUUUAUUUUUGUUCUAUCCUUGUUGUCUCUAUUAACGCUCAUCGUUCACUUCAAACCAAAGCUCCAAAUCGAAGCAAUCUUCUUCACUCUCUCACAAACCCUAAUUCGAUGCAAUUGCUGCAAUCUCCACCUUAAUCUCCCUUCUCCAUCCAUGGAUCCUUAAAAUCUCUGUAAACUCAUAAAAGGUUUUUCAAAUUCGAACCCGGAGAAAACUGAAAAUUAAAAAAUGCCGAGCGUUGGUGUGAAGCUCUACAGUGUCUUCUUCAAGUUCCUUUUGAAACACCGUUUACAGAACCGGAUUCAAUCUUCCGGUGACGAAUCUUCCUCGGAUCCGUUCGGUGUCACGACCCGACCCGAAGAAUCAGUCGCUGCUCCGAAUCCGUUAUUCACCGACGGUGUUGCAACUAAAGAUAUUCAUAUCGAUCCGUUAACUUCUUUGUCCGUACGGAUUUUUCUACCUGAAUCUGCGCUUACGCCGGUUGAACCGAGCACCUCCGCCGGUGUGCAUUCCGGUAAGGCUCGAAUUCUCAACAACCUCGCCGGAUCGGAUCUUCUUAUUAGGAGAAACAGCUUAGGUUCGUCUAAUUCGUUGUUGUCUCACAAGGUAGAAUCUAGAAGGAACAGUUACGGUUGCACCACUGGUUCUUCCUCCCCUGAAGCAGGAUCCUCCGACGUUUAUAGAGGAUACUCACCGUCGUCGUCGACUGGAAACUCUAGAAAACUUCCUGUAAUGUUGCAGUUCCAUGGUGGUGGAUGGGUGAGUGGAAGUAACGACUCAGUGGCUAAUGAUUUGUUUUGUAGAAGAAUGGCGAAGCAUUGUGAUAUCAUUGUCUUGGCCGUCGGGUACAGGCUUGCACCUGAGAACCGGUAUCCAGCAGCGUAUGAGGACGGAUUCAAGGUGUUGAAAUGGCUGGGGAAGCAGGCGAAUUUGGCGGAAUGUAAUAAGUCGAUGGGAAAUUCACGGCGAACCGGAGGAGAGGUGAAGAAAUCAGAAGUGAAUAAGCAUAUUGUUGAUGCUUUUGGUGCAUCUUUGGUGGAGCCUUGGCUGGCAACUCAUGCUGAUCCCGCGAGAUGUGUGCUUCUUGGUGUGAGCUGUGGUGCCAACAUAGCAGACUACGUAGCCCGCAAAGCCAUUGAAGUUGGUCAAAGUCUAGACCCUGUUAAGGUUGUAGCUCAAGUCCUAAUGUACCCGUUCUUCAUUGGUAGUGUUCCCACACAGUCUGAGAUCAAACAAGCAAACUCAUACUUCUACGACAAACCCAUGUGCAUUCUGGCUUGGAAGCUUUUCUUACCAGAAGAAGAAUUCAGCUUGGACCAUCCGGCAGCUAAUCCGCUCGUUCCAGGCCGAAGUCCACCUCUCAAAUUCAUGCCACCGACACUAACCAUUGUCGCCGAGCAUGACUGGAUGAGAGACCGGGCCAUUGCUUACUCAGAAGAGUUAAGGAAAGUCAAUGUAGAUGCUCCCGUGCUAGAGUACAAAGACGCGGUUCACGAGUUUGCAACCCUAGACAUGCUUCUUAGGACUCCGCAAGCUCAGGCUUGUGCAGAAGAUAUUGCAAUCUGGGUCAAGAAAUACAUCUCUCUCCGUGGCCACGAGUUCUCAUACUAGUUGUUCAAACGAAAAACUCAAUGCCGCAAAAAGAGUGUGAACCAAAUGUAAACCGUGUUUUUACGGGUUUUGGUUUCUCCAUAAAGCAUAAAGAGGUGAACCGAAUUAAACCGGGAUGUGUGUGUUUCUACCAGGAAACAAAAAAAAAAGAAGGCAAGCGAGAGCCGAGAGGUUCUAUCUCUCUCAGUAGAGUUUAGUUUAGAUUUUAGAGGGGUGUUGCUUUGUUUGUGAGAUGGGUCGAGUGGAGAGACUCUCUGUUGUCUCGGGGUAUUUCCCGUAAUAUUAGUAAACUAUAUACAUAACCUUCUUCUAAGAGUUCAUGCUUUUGUUUUGUAUAUCAUCGUAUUGAGGAACGUCCAUUUUGGUUAA